CGCUCGAGAGGCCGAUGUCGCUACCGGUACUCACAGUUGGACUGCGCUGGAGGGAAAGCUUACAAAGAUAUCCCAGUAUAUGGACGACAUGAAACUCGUGCGCGAGGACCUUACCAAAAUCCGAGACGAGAGCCAUCUGAUUCGAAAGAUGGUUGAGAGCGCCGUUUCCCACAACAGGACGUGCUCCACAUUGUUCCAACAGAUCAACGACGCCACGAGUCGCUUUAGGCCGGAUGUCCAAAGCCAAAUGAAACAAUUUGCCGAGCUGCUGUCCAGCGAGCAGAAGGAUUCCGCAACGCUCAAGUGCCUCUUUAAUGACUUGAACACCAUCUAUGUGGAUGUGAGCGACCUGGCAGACGUCAUCGAUGAGGAUGUGAGGAAGAUCAAGGCAUCUCUGUCGAGGGUUCGAACGACGAUCAAUGGUCUGCUGGAGAAGUAAGAGUGAGCUCUUUUCUUCCGCAUGAAGUAUACGAGAGGUGGAUGCACGGAAGGAUGAAUGGACGGACAGACGAAUGGACAUGACAUGACAUGAGAACUCCUUCUCGGACAUUUCUGUGCGCAUCAUGAUUUUCCGUAGUAGUGUAUGUCCAAGUGAGAAUGUUGUCGUUGCG